GCGCGUCCUGCCCGGCCGGGACCGCGGCAGAGCGGCGCGCAGCGGGCAGGUGCGGCGGCUGGAGCCGGCAGCUCCGUGCCUCCCGCGCUGCUCUCCGUCAGCAUGAAGGUCGAGUUUGCCCCCAUCAAUAUCCCCCUAAAGAGGAGGAUCCAGACAGUCGCCGUUCUGCAGUGGAUCUUCUCCUUCCUCCUGCUGGCAGAGUUUUGCUGUGGAUUCUUUGUGAUCCUGAUCCUGGGCAACUUCUGGUUCCUUGCUGUCCUGUACCUGCUGUGGCUGUACCUUGACUGGGGAACACCAUGUGCUGGGGGCAGGCGGUCCCACUGGGUCAGGAGCUGGACUGUCUGGAAGUACUUCAGGGAAUACUUCCCCAUUCAUCUUAUAAAAACUUCAGAACUGAACCCAAAUCACAACUACUUACUUGGCUUUCACCCUCAUGGGGUCCUGGUUGCUGGAGCCUUCGGAAACUUUUGCACUGAUCCUCCUUUCAAAAAUUUAUUUCCUGGCCUUACUCCAUAUCUCCAUAUCAUGCCCAUCUGGUUUGGCUGUCCCUUCUUCAGAGAAUACAUAAUGAGUGCUGGAAUGGUUUCUGCAUCCAAGGAAAGUGUCUCCCAUGUGCUGAGCAAUAAAGGAGGUGGCCAUGCAUCUGUCAUUGUCAUUGGAGGAGCAGAGGAAUCUCUGAAUGCACAUCCUGGAAGUCUCACCUUGAACAUCCUCAAGAGGAAGGGCUUUAUUAAAAUGGCCCUGAAACAUGGGGCUCAUCUGGUCCCAAUGUUUUCCUUUGGUGAAAAUGAACUGUUCAAGCAGGUUGCAAACCCCAAAGGUUCAUGGCUCAGGAAUGUGCAGGAGAAGUUGCAAAAGAUAAUGGGCUUUGCUUUGCCACUGUUUCAUGCUAGAGGAGUAUUCCAAUACAGUUUUGGCUUAAUACCUUACAGGCAACCUAUUCACACUGUUGUGGGAAGCCCCAUCCCUGUAAAACAGAACUUGAACCCCACCACUGAAGAGAUUGAUCAGCUCCAUGCAUUGUAUCUACAGAAACUAAAGAAAUUAUUUGAAGAACACAAAGGCAAUUAUGGCAUCCCUGCACAUAAAUCUCUCAUCUUCGAGUAGCAAAUUGCAAUUUGUAAUUCCAAAUCUCAUGCAAAGAAACAGUGUCUGCUCAAAGAUGUCUUUCUUGCAAUCCAUAUUUUGCAAUCUGUAAUUAUCCUUAUGUAAGGAAUACUUUUAAGAAGGGAUUAUUAGAGGAUUUAAUGAUUUUUAUCUUAUUCUUGGGUGGUGGGGGGAGGGAUCAUUGGGAUGUAAGCCUUGAAGCCAGUGCUGUUUUGAGUUGUCCUUUUAAGUUCAUGUGUGCCAGAAAUGUGAGUGAGAGACUCCACACAGAUGUUCUUACCACAGCUUGAGGACAGGCAAUUGCCCCAGCAUGAGAUCAGUAGCAGAAGCAUAAAUCAAAGUCUUUGAUUAGAAGUUGAGAUUUACCAGCAUUUAUCAAACAUGACAUUAGGUUCUUCUGUGAAUGUCAGAAACCCCUGCUGCUCUUCUACAGGAAUGAAGGUGUAUGUUUUCAGCAGAUGGCUGCUGUAAACCACUUACAUGAGAAUUCAAGAAUAAAUAGGAACCUUCAGCCCUGAAUUGGAUAUUGGCAAAAAUGGUUUGUCCGAGUCAUGGAGCAGAGCAAACCUUCUGAUUGGAGAACUGUGUUGAGAUUUUUGUGUGCAUGUGUGUGCUAGGUGGUGGGAAGCACUGAAUGAUGUGACUUUUCUGGACAAUCUGUGCUUUGGAUCAUAAGUUUGGAAGAUGAAGCAGCUUUGGUAGUUUCAACCUCAGAAGAGAUGACAGACACAGGACAGGAGAAAGAGGGAAUCAUGUGAACUCUUCAUCCUGUGCAAAUUAAAAAUAAUCCUAUGUCAAGCACUUGCACAGAAGGAAGUGGAGCCCAGUUUCUUCAGUCAGUUCAGAAAUUUCACCAAGGAAAUUGUACUUGAUAAUUCCUUUUUUCCCCACUGACAGAUGUGGGGAAGUGUUAAGCUGGUGCUGCAGGGUGACACAGCUGCAGUGCCAAGGCAGUGUGAGCAUAGCUCAGCUGCAGCAGGUUAAGAGGAUGCAGUGUAUAUAAACCAGUGCCUGGAUUUGAGAAAUGGUUUAUCCUAAAUGUGGAGAUCCACCUCAGGAAAGAAAAGAAAAGAAAAAAAUCUUAGCCAAACUCUUUUUCAGUGAAAAUGCCUGGGUCUUAUUAUUGGAGAUUAUUGUGUAUGGAAAGAAUUUUAAUAUAUUACUGAAUUUUUAUGAGAUAAAUUGUUGUAUUUGUACAUACUUUCUGACUGCCUGCAGACUUUGCAGUCUGAUGUUAGUGAAGAGUUUGCUCUGCUUUUAGCAGUUUUGGUGCCUGAAUUACAUCAGUGAGCUGCUCUGACAGGUCAGGCAUGGGCUUGUCAGGCUGCCUGGGCAUCUGCAGUUGGCUCAGCUGGGCACAGAGGUGCUCCAGGAAUAGCAGUACUGGACACAUUGUGUAUUCCAUGGGCUGGAGGCUCUCGGGGAAAACACACCUGGGCCUUUGAGAACAAGGUAGAACUCUGGAAAGAAAGUUACAGAGAAAUUCUGGAAAUCCUUAGAAAGAGGAAGGUGUUUAUAGAAAAGAGUGGAAAUGACUUCUGUGGAGUGAACUCCGACUGAACCAACGCCCCAAAGCCAAACAAGUAUUUGCCAGACAGAGCAGAUGUUUGUGCUCCAAAAAACCCUCCAGCAACAAGCUGGUUUCCUUAAGAGGGCUCUUCCUUCUUGUCAUCCUAUUGUCAUCAGGAUGUAAACAACACUGAGUCCUGCUCUCAUUUUCUCUGCAAUGACACAAGCAUUCUGGGAACCAGGGCUGGAAUUGGCAGUGCCUGAAGAAGCCCCUCUUCCCUGACAGACUGCUGUCAAUGUGCCCACAGUUCACCUCUACCUGAGCUUUCUUUCACUGAUGAUCACUGUGGUGCUGGCAUCUUGCUUCCUCACUUUCUGCCCACCUUUUCCUGGGUUGAGAUCUCUGGUCUCUGUGCAUGGAAAAUACUGGGUGGUGGCUUAUCAUUCAGCAAAAAUGGGGUUUAGGAGCAGGGUUUGAGAAGAGAAAGCACUGUGCCUGUGCAUGUUUGACACCAGCUUAAGGUCAGGACUGUUUCAGCUCUGGAAGGGCAUGUUUCUAGGGAAGUCAGGCAUGGCAGGUUUGUUACCUGGGAAGAGGUCUCAGGGUCCUGAGGAUUGUAUAAAGCCAUGAUCCCUGAGCAGUUGCUCUUUCUUAGCCAGUUAUGUGAAAUUUCCUUUGACUCUUUAUUACCUGCACUGAUGAUUAGUGAGGAUUAUUCAUGAAAGAAGAAUUUGGAGUCUGUGCUCUCCUAGAUCACCUGCUCUAAUGAGAUAUUUCCUCUCAUUCUCAGUCUGUUCUUUUCCCAUUACCUUAAUGAUACAGAAAAUCAAGCUGUAAAUUAAAAAAUAUUAGCAUUGGGUUGAGGAUGGAAGGCAAUUUUUUGUUGAUUAAGUUAAUCAAAACUUCUAGGGAAUUUGUGGAUACUGAUUUUGGGACAAUAUCUGGUCAAAAUAUAUCCUAUAAGCAGGUUUUCCUCUGAAUUCCAUGAGGAAAUUAUCUGUGGGCUCUGUACCAUCCGUAACUGGCUCAGGCAGAACAAGUAGGGAUUGUGUUGCUAUGGCUACUGAUACUGUCAUUGCUUUGUAACAAUGGAGAUGGUAAAAAACCCAAAAACAAAAACCCAACAAAAAAUAACAAACCAACAAAAUCUCCAAACAACUCAAACAUUUACUGUUGUUCAGUUACUACUGCAUAUUGCUUAUGAUGGUUCUUCCAAACUACAUUAACUAUUUGUCCAGCGUAGCCAGGGCUAUUUUAAAAUAGAACUUCUGUCUCUAAACACGAUAGACAUGGUGUCAUCUGAAAUAUUUACCUCUGUGUUAGUAUGGAUGUAUAAAGCAGCCCUGCAAUCCUGAGCCACAGACCCAUUUUGGCCACCACAGGCACCAAUGCCAGCCCUGCUGCAGGCAGAGGAAGCUGCCCACGUUUGCUGCAGCAAGAGGCUCCAGUUGCAGCUCAUGCUGGACACAGCAAGAGCAAGGAGCAGGUAGGAAUGGUGACACCCUGGCCCAGCUGCACCUGGAAGAGCUGGGCAGCACUCACGUUCCUGGUGGGAUGUCACACUGCCUGGGGCCUGCCUGCUUCCUGGGGUGCUUCCCUUUGUGCCUUUCCAUGCCACAGGUAAAGACAGCCAGCCAUCAAUAGGAGAAGCUGUGCCUCUAAACCUGCAAACACUGCCUGCCUGACAUGCUCAGGAUGAAGUUCCUGCCUGUUCCCUCACUCAGGAUGAAGUUCAUGCCUGUUCUCCCAUGUGUGAACACCUCUGUGUCAAAUUCUGUUGACAGAAACUCAAUCCUCGAGUAUUUUUACUCUGUGAACUAAACAGUGUAAUUUACACUUUGUAACUUUUUAUGGUACCUGUAAAAUAUGAAUGUCAGUUGCUUCAAUGAUAGCUGUGGCAAGGAGCGUGAGAUAAUAAAGGUUUGUACCAAAGGGG